AAUUUAAGAUCCGAAAUCUGGGUUUUUGCAGAAGAUUUGGUCUUGUUCAUCGUAAUUGACGAGACAACUUAUCAUAACUUAAAUGCAUUGUUUGAAAUUUUGUUGAAUCCGAUAUCUCCCUUACAUGACUUAACUUUAGUUGUCGAUGGUGCAAAUAUAAAAUUCAUGACGAUGUGUGCUCGCUGCAAGAAAUUCGUGUCGGAAGAUUCUAGACAAAUGCUCGAGUGGCAUCCUCAGAUUAUGAAUGCCCGAGUGACUAUAACGAUAUUUACUAAUAGGCGAAUGUAG